GCAGCGAUUGGUCCCUCAAUGGAACAUGCCUAGCCACGUGCCCCAGAAGAUUUGCCCCUUGUCUUUCUCGUGCGUCCAUGUUCAGCAGUGGGUGAGUGUCAAAAUGUAUUAAAAGCCCCAGAUGCCACAUGUGUCUCGUCGCUCAGCCUCCCCUCUGUCAACCAACUCUUCCUCGUCACAUUUGGCCCAGCUGCUGAAUUAUCCUGAUACACCUUGGACAUGGCAUUCGACGCUGAAAACAUCGAGCAUAAGGAUGCCACGCCCCGGUCGGCCUCCGCCGAUCACCAUGAGAAGGAGGUGAGCCCGAUGGUCGAGGCUCUCGAUGACGAUCCUGUGUAUUCCUACAAGGAGCAGCGCAAGAUUAUCGGCCGCGUAGACCGGCGCCUCAUCACCGUCGCUGGCAUCAUCUACAUGAACUCGCUCAUGGACCGCUCCAAUCUGCCCAACGCUGGCAUCGCCGGCAUGAACGUCGACCUGGGUAUGGUCACUGGGUUCCGCUACUCCGCCGUUGCCCUUGUCUUCUUCAUCACAUAUACGUUCCUCCAGCCCCCUGCCACCAUCCUCACCCGCAAGCUCGGUCCCCGCCCUUUUCUUUCCGGCAUCUGCUUCGCCUGGGGUGUCGUCAUGGUCGGCUUCGGCUUUGUCAACGAUUGGGUCGUCCUCAUCCCCCUGCGCCUGCUGCUCGGCCUCUUUGAAGCCGGCUACUUCCCGGGCAUCGUCUACCUCAUCUCGACAUGGUACUCGCGCUACGACAUGCACAAGCGCUACGCCGGCUUCUACUGUCUCGGUCUCGUGGCCUCGGGCUUGGGGGGCAUCCUGGCCUUUGGCGUGCAGCAGAUGGAUGGUCUCGGUGGCCUCGAGGGCUGGCGUUGGAUCUUUAUCAUUUUCGGCCUCAUGACCGUCGCCGCUUCGUUCCUCGGCAUGGUCUUUCUCGUCGACUUUCCCGACGUGGCCAUUGACAAGAACCACUGGAAGUUCAUCUCGCGAGACGAGAUUGCGUUGAUUAUGCGAAGGAUCGCCAAGGACAGGAACGACGCCUCCUCGGAAAAGUUUAAUGUCCGCCGGUGGGCCGCCGCAGGCAAGGACUGGAAACUCUGGGUCUUUGCGAUGCAGUUUUUUUCCUUGACAACCCAGGCCUAUGCCCUCGCCUUCUUCCUCCCCAUUAUUCUAAACUCGAACAUGGGCUUCUCCGUCGCGCUAUCACAGCUGCUCACCGCGCCGCCCUACGCAGGCGCCGGCCUCGUCAUGUUUCUCUGCGCCUGGGUCGGUGAUAAAUACCAUGUCCGUGGGCCUCUGCUGCUCUUCACGGCUUCACUCGGUCUGAUCGGCCUCCCCCUGCUGGCCUACGCCGAAGCCGUGGGCGCCCGCUACUUUGGCUGCUUCCUCAUCUGCGCCGCCUCCAACGGCGGAAUCCCCACCGUCAUGGCCUACCAGGCGAACAACAUCCGCGGCCAGUGGAAGCGCGCGUUUGCGUCCGCUACGCUCGUGGGUUUUGGAGGCCUGGGCGGCAUCGCGGGCAGCACCGUGUUUAGGUCCCAAGACGCGCCGCAGUAUAUCCCUGGUAUCUGGGUGUGCAUUGGCCUGAAUAUCUUGAUUGUGUGCACGACGAUUAUCAACACAAUUAUCUUCCGCAAGCAGAACACCAAGGCGGAUCGGGGCGAGGUUGUCUUGGAGGGUGAAGCGAGCUUUAGGUACACCGUUUAAUGGGGUUGAGAUAUUUUAAUCUGUGUCAGCAAACAGAUUGUUUUAUACUUGAUUGAUCCGUGGCGAUUCACAGCACCAAUGCAUUCUAUAGUGCUUUUUUUGAGGAAAUGACCGGGUUUCAAUGGCGUUUCAAAGAAAGACGUCUGUCUUACACCUAAUGGGUGUGCUACACUCUGGGAGUGGAAUCAACAGAGAGAGUCGACCCAAGGCCCUGGUGGAUUUCUCCUCUCAGGGGAGCCACAUACUCUUCAACUAGGCCCAUCGCUCAAAGAGUAGAGGCCAUGACUG